UGAUGGCGGUGGCAGUGGUGGAGGGGAGGGCAGGUUAUUCUCCACUGUUGGGGCUUGGUACAGAGAGUGGCGAGAGGUUUAGCUGGCGUGACUCUUGAGUGUCGAAGGAAAGAGCAGAAAAAGUUGCCGCUGAACGUUUGGAGAUUGGUCACCAUCACCUGCGCAGAGUCUGGCAAUUUGGACCUGGAGCAGAACGACCGACUCGAGGAGGACACAAACAACGUGAAGAAGAAGAAAAGGAGUCUUCUUCAGGGCUGCGAGGCAGCAGGAGCCUGGUGCUGAGGCUGGUAUGAGGCAAGGAGGCUGUCGAGCUGUCGGGGUGUGAGUCAACGUCCUGUAGUGGAGCUGCUGCUAAACUGUCCCGCAGAGGUUCUGUCGGUGAAACGUUUCAAGGUCCCCUCUCUAGGUCUAUGGUCCAGCAUUGAGCAGAGACCAUGUGGUGUUUGGAGCUGCUCUUACCUCUGCUGUUGAUCAUUCAUAAUGCAAGUUCCCAGUGGAAUAUCUGGCUACCUCGGGAUAUCUCAGCCAUGACCAACUCCUGCGUGGUCAUCCCGUGCAGCUUCAUGUAUCCCUCUGGAAUCAGGCCAGUCAAGGGCAUUCAUGGUAUCUGGUACUUUGGCCAGCCAUAUCCUCAACUCUUCCCCCCUGUAGUCUUCAAAUCGCUCACAGACGUCGUGCACGAGAGCUUCAAGGGCCGCACCAAGCUGCUGGGCGACUUAAACCAGAGGAACUGCACGCUGCUUAUCGGCAACAUCGGUGCAGAGCACUCGGGGAGAUACUACUUCCGGGCAGAUGUCGGGGGAGCCAACAAAUAUUCUUACCCGGACUUCACUGAACUCAAAGUUUUGGAUCAGCCCAACAUUGACAUACCAGAGGAGAUCGUCAGUGACGAGAGCCUGGAGCUGACGUGCUACGCUCCUGAUAACUGUCCCGACAUGACCCCAGACAUCCAGUGGAUGUACACUGACUACCUGCCUGACCCGGAGUUCAGCUCGGAAAACCUGGAGGAGAGCAACACAGCAGUGCUGUCCAACACUCUCACCUUCACGCCCAGACCAAUGCACAACGGGCAGCUGCUGGGCUGCAGGGUCUACUACCCCAACACCACACUGGUCUAUGAGCGGCUCAUCUCACUGGACGUCAAGUACCCUCCUCGAUCAGUGUGGGUCAACGUUUCCUCUGAGGUGAUGGAGGGUAGCUCUGUGACGCUGCACUGCGAGGUGGACAGCAACCCUCCCCCCAGGAUCUCCUGGAUGUUUGGAGAAGAGGAGCUUCUGUGGGACACGGCGUCCAACAUCUCCCUCUCCCUGGAUGAUGUCACUCCUGCAAACGAGGGGAUUUACACCUGUGUUGGAGACAACGGCUACGGCAUCAUGAACACCUCUAUGUAUCUGGCUGUCAAGUACCCUCCCCACGAACCGGUGGUAAACGACUCCAUGACAGUUCUAGAGGGCACCUCAUUGGCUCUGCACUGCAGCACCCAAGGGAGUCCGGCCCCAACCCUCACCUGGCUGAAGGAUGGGGAGCUGGUGGGCACCAUCACAGCUGAUGAGCUGUCAGUGCUGCAGAUAGUGGAAAUCACACCGCAUGAAGAUGGACAGUACCGCUGCUUGGCUGAGAACGAGCACGGACGCGCCAGCAGCUCCCUCAACAUCACCGUUGAGUAUGCCCCAGUCCUUCUGGAGGAGUCAAAGUGCACAGUGGUGAGGGAGGGGGUCCAGUGCGUCUGCAUAGCCACAGGAAACCCUGAACCCAUCAUCGAGUUCUACCUGCCAGACCUGAACGUCACCAUCAAUGAAACUGACGGCCGAUACAACUUCUACACGCACACAGACGGCCACACAUCCACGGCGAUGAUCAAGCUGAGAGAGAAAGGUGAGCGGGCUGACAACGGCGGACCGGCUGUGAACGUCCACUGCAGCAUGCACAACAUCUAUGGAAGAGAGAGCAUCCUUUUGGAGCUACAGCAAGAAAAGAAGUACAUGAUGGCCGUUAUUGUUGGUACCAUUGGAGGUGUAGCAGUCAUUGCCUUCAUCAUUGCUGCAGUGAGAUACGUUGGCCAUAAUAACAAGAAAGAGAAUGGCAACCCUAGGCAGGAUGUGGUCCUGGAGAACCCAGCUUUGUACUACAGCGCAGUCAAGAAGGACAAACAAAAUCUGAGGAAGAAAGUGCUUAAGACAGAGCUGUUGGGCUCAAAGUUUAACUCCAUUCUAGAGGAGACUACGGGAGAAGAAGGGGAUUAUCAACCUGUGGGCUCUAUGGCAGGGCUGGAGAGGCGAGAGCUGAACUACGCAGCCUUGGAGUUCAUUGGUGGCAGACCCAGGGAGGGGGCCUCAGGGAGGGGGGAUGACGGCAGCAACUACUCAGAAAUUAAAGCCAAAUGAAUCGCAAUCCUUCCCUGAUCCCUCGGCUUUGCGAGAUGCAGUGGCAGCCCAGAAUUUCACACCCCUUCCGAACCAUAAACUGCAUUAACACCUUCACCUUCUUCACUGGAUAAACGAGGACUUCUCGUUUCAUUACUUGUAAUUUCCAGGUAUCCCCCCCCAGCUGCCCUUUCUCCAAGAGAUGCCACCAUUUGGAAACUUUGGCAGUUUUCUGGAUUUGAGCAAGACCUACAGGACAAUAUAUAUACAUAUAUAUAUAUAAAUAUUUUAAUAUCAAGCCUCAGUUGUUGUACACUGUCCCUGCAUCAUGUAGUGUUGCUUUAUUUGUGCAAUUGUUCACCUCUCAUCUGUCUGACAACUGUCAUUGUAUCUGCUGCCAGUCGAAGCGUCAGGGCAAGGAGAAACAGUGUUCUUGUUCCCUUCCCUUUAUAAAUGCAUUUAUCAAAAGAGAAGGAACCUUCUCCUCUCUUGUUUUGCUUUAUUAUAACCCAAAAACAUAAAUGACAGAAUGCUGGUGAAGGUUAUCAGUCAUCCAGGUUCAGAUGAAGACAACUGGACUUCUUUGGUUUGGCACAACACAGGAGAGCCACCUCUUCAGGCCAAGACUCUGCAGUCCACUUACACCUGAAGAGCAAGGGACACACUUUUGAAGAUGACAAAGUACACAUUAUUGACAGAGAAUAUAGGUGGUUUGAGAGAGGAGUAACGGACGCUAUUUACAGUAGGUCAAACUGGAAAAACCUACAUUUAACUGAGGAGGACACCUCGGGUUUCACCUUUCCAGCACCUAUAAUGCAGCUCUGACCUUAAUUCCAAAACAGUUUCAGUUUAGGUCAAACCCUCCUGUCUAAUCAAAACAACUGUCCCCACACAAAAGAAUUCCAACAACUCCUCAGGUGUAGAGAGGGGGGUGUUCAUAUGUAGUUUCAGCUCGUUAAUUAAUUCACUGCCAGCCAUUUUCUGAAUAGAAAGCCUCUGACUGCCAGAACACAGUCACAGUCUGCCAGUCACAGAACAUAUGUGACCAUGUAAAUAGCCAAACCACCAAAAGAAAGAGUAGACUCACGUCUUACACCAGGACUAUUUCUAGCUUUUUCCGUUUUCAUACAAUCUGCUGUCAAAAUGUGAACUGCAGAAGCUUUUUCCGGUUUGCACCCCGCCUUAGGCAUAGCAGCGUCCCAAAGCGGUCUCCUAAUUCAUGGAUUGUCUGCUUCAUGAUCACAUGACAUGUGACACACACGGAGGAGAAUCAACUUUUGAGCCGUGAUGUUUACUUCAAGGUAUGCGAGCUCGUUCCCAAGCCCACCUCGUUAGUUGUCAAUGGCAGUAAAGGAGUUCAGAAACAACAGACAGCUACAGUUUAUAAACUUGACCCUCUCAUAUUCUAGUCAGAACUGACAAAGCUCCUCGGAUGAGAAGCGAAACGUCUUCAAGAAACCGAAGAAGUCCAGUUGGCUUCAUUCAAACCCUGUUGGAUAAAUGACAGAAGCAAGAGUUGGAAACUCAACUCUGCCUCCUGUCGCCACAUUUUUAGCCUCUGAAAAUAAAUGGUAAUGAUAAGCUCUUCUACACUUGUGUGACACACUUUCGAACAACAGAGAAUGGUUCCUCCCCCAACAUUUUCAUAGAAAUUAGCAUUCAAAAUGUGUAUUUUCUUUGUAAAAACACAGAUUUCCUCCCAUGCUCAUUAAAUGUGAUGAAUUUAGAAAAUACAGACUUAAAGCACAACAUAAGUUGGACUGGCCAAAGUCUUUUCUCUUUUAGACAAUGUGUGUGUUUGGAUGUAUGUGUGCGCGUGCGUUUGUGUGUAAAUUGUGCCGAACGUUCAGCAUCUACUGAGCUACUGGGGUCUUUAGCAAGUUUGAGCUUCUUGUCACUGAGGGUUGUGCCAAGACAUUUGUCACAAAAGGCGAUGCUACUUGUUGUGCUAUUUAAAUACCUUUGAUGUAAUAUUAAAGCCUACUAAUAGUCUAAUUUGAUAAUGAUGGCGUCAUAUUAAAAUGAAGUAAUUUGAUGUAUAUUUAUAUGAAUGGAGAGGGCAGUCUGUGUAGAAAACAAUGCAUGAGUGUUUUGAGUGUUUAAUUAUUGAAAUAUGAUAAAAGGGCAGUGUAACAAAUUAAAGACAGUCUUGCCACAUAUCUCACUCGCCUCUAUGGAUGAACACUGUCUUAAUAAAUGUGUAGGAAUCAUUUUUAGGCUCUACUUUCAAAUCUAUUAAACGCUAAGCAGAAGCA